GAUGAAAACCUGUCUCAAUCUGCGAAGAAAUUCCAAGAGGCUAUUUGUGUGCUGCUGGUGGAGCUGUGUGAGAGAUUCACGUUCUUUGGCAUAGUCUGCAACAUGAUCCUCUUCUGCACUGUCAGACUUGGCUAUCGCAACUACCAGGCAGCUAUUGUCAAUAUGUGCUUCGUAGGCACCUCCGUGUUGACACCAGUACUGGUUGGCUGGGUUGCCGAAUGCCUGGUGGGGAGGAUCAAGCUUGUGUGCGUCUGCAUGUUUCUACACUUCCUAGGCACAGCGCUAUUACCUGUUGUGGCAUUCCCCUUUGAAGAUAUUUACAUUGACAGACGACAUAUUCUUCAUAUGCUAUCCAAAAGGGAGCAGAAAAUAGUAUUCUACUUUGCACUACUCACAGCUAGUCUGGGAAUAGGAGGCAUAAGAGCUAUAGUUUGUCCAUUAAGUGCAUACAACCUUGAGGACUGUGGACCAAAGGAACUGUUUUCUUUUUUCAACUGGUUUAAUUGGCUGGUUAACUUGAAUUCAGCAGUUGUCUUUGUCAGCAUUUCUUAUAUCCAGAAGUCUGUGGCCAGGAACCUUGGUUUUCUUAUCCCAUUUGUGUCCGUGCUUAUGGCUAUGAUCACAAUUCACAUGGUGCGGGGUGAAAUGAUUUACAAACCCAAAACAGACAGUUCCCUGCUGACGACUUUUGGGGUAAUUGCUAGCGCACUGAAAAAAACAUGCUGCGUGCGAUAUCGCUACUUUAGCGGAAGCGUGGCAAACUGGCUAGAUCAUGCCAAGGAAAACUAUGGUGGUCAGUACAGCGAGACUCAGGUGGAAAGCACGAAGUUGCUCUCCAGGCUCUUCCCGUUGUUUGCUUUCCAAAUUCUAUACAGAACAUGUAUUAUACAGAUUCCUUCAGGAUAUUAUCUCCAAACCAUGAAUUCCAACUUGCAUUUCAGUGGAUUCGUCUUGCCAGUUGCAGCAAUGAAUGUGAUAAGCAUCGUGCCACUACUGAUUCUUGUUCCUAUUCUGGAACAAAUUAACUCGUGUCUCUUUAAUGCCAAGGACACUGGACGUUCUCCAACAAUUUUCAUUGUUGUAGGUCAGUUAUCUGCUGCACUUUCUGUGAUGGUUGCUGGCUUCUCUGAAAUACACCGAAAGCAUUUCCCUCAGGUGGAGCAGACGCUUUCCGAGGAGGUUCUCCUGGUCUCCUCCAUGCCUUGCUUCCACUUAGCUCCUCAGUACAUCCUACUUGGAGUGGCUGAAGCCUUGGUAACUCCCUCCUGUUCCUUACUUGCAUUCCGGCUUGUGCCAGAAAGAAUUAGAGGGAUUUCCAUGCAUUUUUUAACUCUCUUUAAUGGAGCUGGCUGCUUUAUGGGAGCUUUCUUUGUUCACACAGCCCACGCAGGCACUCAAGGCAACUGGUUUCCACACUUGCUGCAUGAAGGUAAAUUGGAGAGAUUCUUCUUCUUCUUGGCUUCCUUAAUGAUGGUGAACACCCUGGGGUUCUGGACCAUUGCACACAGAUACAACAAUCUGAAUCAGGAAUACACCAAUGAAUUCAGAGGAAGUCUUCCUGAAGAAAAACUUUUGAAGCAUGAAAAAGCCAUCAAGCAUUAUGAUACUGUCCUGUAA